AUGCAGAAGAGCGACAACUUGGAGGCUGUGUCUCCUCGUCGCUCGUUGCAGCAAGAACUGGGCACCAAUGACGAGGAGCGCACGAGGCUUCUCUCUGACGGCGAGAGGACGUUUGAUGACGAAGUCGUGUAUUCCCGUCCUGCUCCAUCUCGCAAGCUCGUCGUAGGUGUGGGUGUCGGACUCAUUGUCAUUAUCCUUGGUGCACUCUUCGGACGACCACUGCUUCACGCCCUGAAGCCUCGCCCGAAACCUCAACCAGACUUCGACCAUAGACUUCUCCGGAGCAAUGGCACGCACUAUUUCAAGAAGAGUGCGCUCAUCGUGUCCAUUGACGGGUUGCGGGCGGAUUACCUGGAUCGGGGCUUGACACCACAUCUGCUAGCCAUUAGCAAGAAGGGGCUGCGUGCAAAGUCGAUGAAACCUAUCUUUCCGACUCUGACAUUCCCGAAUCAUUGGGCUUUGAUGACAGGUCUAUACGCUGAGUCGCACGGCAUUAUCGGAAAUAAUUUCUGGGAUCCCGCAACCGGCGUGGAAUUCCACUACAACAGUGCAGCCGCCUCGCGGGCGUCUCACUGGUGGCUAGGAGAGCCGAUGUGGGAGACUGCCCAACGUGCAGGAAUCGUCACUGCCAACCUCAUGUGGCCUGGACCGCCUACUACGAUGACGGGCUUCUCUCCUAGUUACUUCGUCCCUUGGAAGGACAAGGUCCCGCUGAAAGAGAAGCUUGACCAGAUCACAGCUUGGAUAGACCUGCCGCUGGACGAGCGACCUCAGUUCAUCAUGGCGUAUGAGCCGUCGCUUGACCAAGCCGGCCACCUUGCCGGACCUGCGUCUGAGCUCGUGAACAAAGUGCUCCAUGAGGUAGAUGUUUUUGCGCGGGACCUGCAUGACGCUCUGGAGGCUCGCAAUCUCACCGACAUCUUCGACGUUGUCUUCGUGAGUGACCACGGGAUGACAGACACUAGCGAUCCAGAAUGGAUCUACAUCGACGAUAUCCUCGGCGACGGCUUCGGAAUGAUCGACCAUGAAGACGGCUGGCCAUCCAUGGGCUUGCGCUUCAAGCCUGAGGCAGACACUGACAAGUACCUCCGCGUCCUCCUCAACGCGUCAGAAGCAAGCGGCGGCAGGUUCCACGUGUACACGCACGACACCAUGCCUGAGCGCUGGCACUUCGCGGACAACUACCGCAUCGCGCCGAUCUACGUCGUCCCGGAGAUGGGGUACGCGCUGACGAACCACAUCGAGAAUGGCUCGGGGAUGAGCAAAGGGAACCACGGCUAUGACAACGACGAGGCUGCGAUGCACGCUAUUUUCGUCGCACACGGACCCUUCUCCGCCGUGGUGAAGGCGAUCGAGCACGACCGUCAGCAGGCGCGCGUCCUCCCGCGCGCCCUCUCGCGGCCGAACAAGGGCUGGCACUCGACGUCCGACGACACGUACGUCAUGGACACAUUCGAGAACGUCAACAUUUACAACCUCGCGAUCAAGUUGCUCGGCAUCGAGGCCUUUGCGGCGCCCAAUAACGGGACGGAGGAGUUCUGGGACCAGUUCUUCUAG